GAGGAUUCAGUUAAAGAUGUGCAUCGCUUGGCAUACAAUAUUUAUUUUGGCUUGUUUAAGUCAGUUGUGCGCAGCCCAAGAACCUUUAGUUUUCGCCACAUCUAGUAACCCAUGGAAUAAUGCACCAUCCACGACGACAGUACCACUUUUGCCCACCAGCUCAAACUUGGUAUUGGUGAACAAUGUAAGAGUACCAGGAGGUCUUACACCAUUCGUACCAACACCGGCCCCAACCCAGGAAUUUUUUAACUGCUAUUAUAACUGCCCCACCACGCCCCAAUACAAUCCCAUUUGUGGGAGCGAUAGGCAGCUUUAUAUGAACGAGGAAAAAUUCAAUUGUGCUCGUAACUGUGGAGCUGACAUUCAAAUAGUUCGCAGAGGGUCUUGCGAGGGUCUUUUUACGAUGACGCGAGGUUGAUCUUCUUCAACAAACAGCAAAUACAAUAUUAAUGUAACACAUUAAUUUACUUUAAGUUACAUUUCCAGUGAUGUUUUCAGUUUCAAUAUUUAUUAGGGCACAGAGAUAAGACGCCACGUAGUACAUAUCAACGCAAAUAUAAUAUAAAUAAAAUAUAUACAUACCUUCUAAUGCAAAACAAGAGAGAACGCUUCCUCGACUAUAAUAUACCCGUUACUCAACUAGUGGGAGUGCGAACGAGAAAGUUCAACAUUCUUUCUGGCAUUUCGAUAGAAAUUGUAAAGACAAAAACACAGGCACAAACAGCAACAUCAGGAAACAUACUUGCGCUGCAUCUAUGACCCUGGAGUCUUCAUGUCUGGAUGUU